CUGGAGCAAAACCAUUUCCCUCCACACAUCACAAAGCCACCAUAAUAACCCACUGCCACUUACCCAAUCUCAACAACCAAGGAAGAGAUUGGAGAAGAGUAGGGGGGAGGGAGAGAGAGAGAUGGCUUCAACUUCAUGCUUCCUCCACCACCAUGCACCCUCCACCUCAAGAACUCCAUCAUCACGUCCGAUGCCAAGCACCAGGCCUACCCAGCUGGUCUGCAGGGCGCACAAGCAGGCAGGCCAAGAAGAUGAGAGCAACACGGUGGUCUCACGCCGGUUAGCUCUGACAGUGCUCGUCGGUGCAGCUGCCGUUAGUGUGAAGGUCUCACCUGCCGAUGCUGCCUAUGGUGAAGCAGCUAAUAUCUUUGGGAAGCCGAAGACAAAUACAGAUUUCUUGACAUACGCUGGCGAUGGGUUCAAGCUGAUGGUACCAUCAAAGUGGAACCCAAGCAAAGAGGUGGAGUAUCCGGGUCAGGUGAUGAGGUAUGAAGACAACUUCGACUCCAACAGCUACGUUUGCGUCAUGGUCACCCCCACAUCAAACAAAUCCAUCACUGACUACGGCAGCCCUGAGGAAUUUCUCUCCCAAGUUGAUUACUUGCUAGGGAAACAGGCUUACGCCGGCAAAACAGAUGCUGAGGGUGGGUUCGACCAGGAUGCUGUAGCAACAGCCAACAUAUUGGAAAGCUCCACACCAGUGGUAGGUGGGAAACAAUACUACUACAUCUCAGUUUUGACAAGGACAGCAGAUGGAGAUGAGGGUGGGAAGCACCAGCUUAUAACGGCAACAGUUUCAGAUGGUAAGCUAUACAUCUGCAAGGCACAAGCUGGUGACAAGAGAUGGUUCAAGGGUGCCAGGAAGUUUGUGGAGAGCACAGCCAAUUCCUUCAGCGUUGCAUAAGAAAGAGGUUGUGUGUGACAUUUGUUGUGCAAAUGAGUUGAAUGUAAUUAGAACUGGCAUCUUUAGGAUCAGAAUGUGUUUUAUGCAAGCUGUCUGAUAAGAAGAUGGUACAUUGGAUUUCAAAGUGUCAGGCAAGCAUUUUAAUCUUAAAGAUCUUAGAGAACUCUCUAUUUUGUAUCCUUAAAUCUUAUUAAGCAAUAUAAAAUCUUAUUAUUCCAAUACAAAA